AUGUGUAAGUAAGGCAAUAUUAGGAUUGUUUUAGAUCUUUAAUCAGAUUUAUCGGUUAUUAUAUAGAGAACAUUAGAAUCCUUUUUUAGAAAUAAAGAAGAUUUAUUUGAAAUAGAAAUUAGUUUAGGUUAUGGAGAUGGAUACUUAGUAGAUAAAUCAAAUUUAUUAGAAAACUUUUAUGAUAAGAUCAGGAAUAAUUUAAAAUUUGCAAUGAAUCAUAUACAGAAUUAUUUUGGAUUAGAAAUGAUAUAAGUAUUUACUUUUCAAAAUUUUGAUUGUUUACUAAAUGUAGACGAUAUUCUAUUUUAGCUUAUAAAAGACCUUCAAUAUCUUAAACAGUUGACUGUUGGUUCAAAAAAAGAAUUAUCUUGUCUUAUAUUUAACUAGCUCAUUGACGCAAUCAACUAUAAAAGAGAAAAUUUAGAAAAGCUCUGUUUGUUGUUUGGUGUUAAAGAGGAUCAGACAGAUAUUAAAAUUAAUAGGAAAUUAGAUUACAUUAAACAUUUAUUCUUAAGCGAGCUGACAUCAUCAAUCUAAUUUAAUGCUUUUAAAUUAGCUUAAAGAAUAGAAGAAGUAAAAAUAUCAACUAGCUUAGAUUCUAGACUAUAAAUUUAAACAAUAGUUGAUGAAUUGCGGAUAACAAACAGCUCUCUGCAAAAAUUAUAUCUUGAUAUUGACUAAAAUAGGUAUUUAUAGAGCAAAAACUCUUUAAUAUCUAUUGAAAAAUUACAAAACUUAAGAACUUUAUAUUUAAAAGCAUUAAGCCUAAAAAAUGAAAAUCUUGAUAUCCAAAAACUAAAAAAAUUAGAAAAAUUAAGUCUAAUUUUAUCUGAUGCAAUUGAUUAUUUAUCAAGCCAUUCUAAUCUAAAUUAGCUUGUUGAAUUAGAAUUAGAUGUUAGAGUAUGUGAUGUGAGAAACAAAUAAUAUGAUAGGUUGCUUACAAAAAUUUUCCCAGAUAGCUCAUUAGUUGGAUGA